AGUCAUAAAACUCUAGUCGUCAGAAUCACAUGCCGCUGCACAACAAUAAUAAGGAAGUACAGAGAAUGAUUUGAGAGGGUUUUGAAGGAUUCUCAUCCAUAAAACGGGACAAAAGAUGAGAUUUUUAGGUGGUCUUGUGGCUUUUCUUUGCUGCUUUUACUCACAUGGAGCGACGGGUCAAAAUGAAGCAAUUAAAACUUUUGUGAUCCCACACAGUCACAUGGAUGUUGGCUGGGUUUACACUAUCCAGGUAGGUCUCUUGGGCAAAAAUCAUAGAAAACUGAACUAAGCUGAAAGGAAUGCGGAAUGCUUUUAAACAUCUCCUCAACAUGCCAGUUUAAAGUGGAUGAAUCAUGCGUGUAUAUUCUGUUUUAAAGUAAUAAAUGUGUUUUCCACAGGAGAGUAUGCACGCCUAUGCAGGCAAUGUGUACACCACUGUGACAGAAGAGCUGUCAAAAGCACCAGACCGCAGGUUCAUCGCCGUGGAGCAAGAAUUUUUCAGAUUGUGGUGGGAAAAUGUGGCCACAGACUCCCAUAAGAAACAAGUAUGCUUAAUAGUCCCAAUUCAUCUUAAAAAAUAAAUUAAAACAAAGGUCAAACUCUAUGUGACACAAGCCAGGUUGUCAUCAUUUUAAAGGAAAGUUACAUAAUCUUCAUGACUCUUAAAGUUUAGCCCCAGUGAAUAAUUAACAAGAUGGCCCUGUCAUCUUUCUAGGUGCGACGUCUAGUUAAAGAAGGUCGACUUGAGUUCAUCCUUGGAGGCCAAGUGAUGCACGAUGAGGCUGUAACUGAUCUAGAUGAUGAGAUAUUACAGAUGACAGGUACGAAGACACCUUUCAGUUUAAAAAUAAAGUCAAAAUUUUAGUGUUUUUUUUGUUACGGUUUGUUUCCCUGUGCUGUUUCAGAGGGACACGGCUUCCUCUACGAAACAUUUGGAGUGCGACCUCAGUUUUCCUGGCACGUGGACCCAUUUGGAGCGUCAGCCACCACACCGAUCCUGUUUUCCCUGGCUGGGUUCAACGCCCAUCUCAUCUCCCGCAUAGAUUAUGACCUCAAAGACAGCAUGCAGAAAAACAAGGUUUAAUCACCGAGAAACUAUGAUACAGCUUCAACAAACAAGUCAAAUUUUCUUCAUAGAUAUCGUUAAAGCUGCACCAGAUGUCCAUGUUGUUGAUCUCUUUCUUUGAUCUAGAAACUGCAAUUUGUUUGGAGAGGUUCCCCCUCUUUAAAGGAGAAGCAACAGAUCUUCACUCACACCAUGGACCAGUUCAGCUAUUGCACCCCAUCAUACCUACCAUUCUCCAACAGGUACAGCAACUAAAAGUUUGUAGUCUAGGUGCUCUUCUCCUGAAAAUUGGCAGGAGCAUGUUUCAUGGAGGGUUUUGCUUGUCUCAGUUCCGGUUUCUACUGGAAUGGAGUUGCUCUGUUUCCUGAUCCCCCCAAAAAUGGAAUUUACCCCAACAUGAGCCUGCCUGUUACCAAGGACACUGUGCAUGCAUAUGCCAAGACUAUGGUGGAGAACAUCAAGCAGAGGGCGGCAUGGUUCAGGACAGACAACGUGCUCUGGCCCUGGGUGAGUAAGGGGAGACAUAUGAAGCUUUUACUUGAUGUCAAAUCGAUUGUAACCUUGAUAAGUAUAUUUUUCAACUCCUCAUCUUCCUCAGGGCUGUGACAAACAGUUCUACAACUCAUCUGUGCAGUUCAACAACAUGGACCCUCUAAUGAAAUACAUCAACCAGAACAGUAAAGAGUUUGGGGUGACAGUGCAGUACGCCACUUUGAGUGAAUACUUCAAAGCUAUCUACCAAUCAGAUCUGGUCUGGGAAGUCCGUGGCAGUGAGGAUUUUCUCCCCUAUUCCACUGGUGAGACAUCCGUAAAUGUCAGUGAAUCAGUCACCUUGUGAGUAGAGAUUACAGUGGUUGUAUUUUGCAGAGCCGUACCAGGCGUGGACUGGGUUUUACGCCUCCAGAAACGUCCUGAAAGGAGUGGCACGACAAGCCAGCUCCAAGCUCCAUGCGGCUGAGACUCUCUUUACCAGAUACAGAAUCAGCUUCCCUGAUGGACCUGUGGCUGAAGACUGGGCCCUAGAUAAACUGAGGGCGCUGCGCUGGGCUGUCUCAGAGGUAACACUUUGAGUAAUAAGUGUUUUCAGGAAACAAGCUCUAAAAUCUUGUUCAGUUUUAACAGGAAGUGUUAUUCAUGUGUGUUUUCAGGUUCAGCACCAUGACGGCAUCACUGGCACAGAGUCCCCCAAAGUGGCCGACAUGUACCUGCAGCAUCUGACGCAGGCCAUGAUGGGGGUAGAGGAACUUCUUGCCGCACUCUUCCUGCUGCCCCACAGGCUUGAAUUACCCAGCAUCCUUGGCAGCCGCUACCACAAAAAAGGUACGAAUGAUAAGCAAGAGGGCUGUAGUGAACAUAGCUUCCUCUAAAUCAAGACAGAUGUUAACUCAAGCUUGAGGUAUCUUGAAUGUUUCCCUUGAAUGUUUUUAAUUCUCUCCCUGGCAGGUGUUCAUCAGCCUUUGGAGCAGCACGUCAUUGUUUACAACCCGUUAGCGUGGAACAUCACCACUAUCAUCAACCUCACCGCCAACUUCCCAUCUGCAGCCGUCUUUGACGAUGGUGGAAACCCUGUGCCGGCUCAGGUGGAGCACAGUAGUAAAUCUUAAAAAGUAGAACUAGAAAGUGUUAAAGGAAUAUUCCAUCAUAAAAGUUAGUUAGGGUCAAACACACCAUAACGAGUUAGACCCCCUCUCAAGAGAUGAAUGUUGCCGACCGCUUGCUUUUCUAGUUAUACCAACUUUAGUAACGACCACAGAUAGCAAUACAGAGAGCCACACACUCAACCAAAAUGCCACUUUUCAGCUACAAAUAAUGGCCAGAACAGCACCUAACUUCAUCAACUGUACAUAUGGGGGGUUGAUGGACUCUCUCCGUACAAACAAGUGGCUGCUGGAAGAGAGAAGGUGAGUUGUGUUUAGUCUCUUUGCUAAAGAAAUUAGAUGAAGCUAAAAAGAUAUUUGGUGGCUCGUGCUAUGGCUGGGACCCUAUAUGUACUGUUGAUGAAGUUAGGUGCUGUUCUGGCCAUUAUUUGUGGCUAAAGUGUGGCUUUUGGGUUGAGCAUGUGGCUCUCUGUAUUCCAAUCCUGUGGUCGUUACCAAAGUUGGUAUAACUAGAGAAGCAAGCAGUGGGCAACAUUCAUCCCUCGAGGGGGUGUCUAACUCAGUGUUACGUUGUGUUUGACCCUAAAUUAAUUUUACACCGGAAUAUCCCUUUAACUGGUCUAUUUUAAACACUUAAAAUCAUGAAAAUCUUUGAAUUACUCAGCAAUAUGUGUCCAAAGCUAGCUAACGUUGACUACUUUCUUUACCGUCACAGAUUCAGAGGGCAGCAUACUCCAAUGUGACCUAUGACCUCUUAAUCUUGGUUGAACUUGGAGGCCUUCAGCACAGGAAAUACCUGAUAAAGUUCUCGGAGAAGAAAUGCUCUGGAAGAUCCAAGUGCAGCUGGACGUAUGAAGCCAAAGGGGUUCAGUUAAAAAGACAAAAUACCGAGGAGUCAUCAAGAGCUGGGAGGAGACUCCUGCCUGUCCUGAACGAGUGCUACAAACUCAUGUUUGACCAGGAUACAAAUCUACUGCACAGCAUCACUUACCUGUGAGUUAAUGUUUACCAAAUCUAUUUGAAUUACUGUGUACAUUUAUGUAGAUAUACCUGUUAUUGUGCUUAUUCUACCUUAAAGCUACUGUGAGAAACUUUCUGUAAUAACAAAUACAUUUCCUUGUCUUUUAUAGUCAAGAAAAAAUAAAAGUAAAGCUGACCCAGGAUUUUUGGGAGUAUCACUCUAACGGAGAUGUCAAAGCUGGACCUAUCUCUGAUAACUACAUCUUCAGCGCUAAUGGCUCAGCUGUGCGAGCGUACAAAGCCGUGGAAAUGGAAAUCAUCCCUGGGAAGAUAGUCACUGAAAUCAGGCAGUACUUCUUCAGGUUGGUAACCUUAACUUUAGUCUGGUUAUGGCGUAUUUAUAACGGUAUCAAGCGUUUUGGCAUUAAAACUCAACUGUUCUGUCUUCCAGGGAGAAAAGUGAUAAAGACUACGCCUACUCUAUCACCACCCAUGUCCCAGAAUGCUUUGGGAUCGGACCACGUUGUCAUAGGCUGGAACAGACUUUCUCUCUAGGUCCUCUCAGUCUGAACACAGAGGUCGUACUCAGAACCCGCUCCUCCUUGAAGAACAACAGGACUCUGUACACAGAUGACAACGGCUUUCAGAUGAUGAAGAGGACAUACAGGAGAUUCAUUAAUAACACUUUGGCAAGAGUAAGACCUUGAAUAAACUGCUGAGAUUUCAAAAAUUCCUUAAACCAAACUUGUACAACUUUAACUCUUAUUUUUUUUAGAACUACUUCCCCAUGGUGCGGACUGCUUACAUUGAAGACGACCUCAGCAGACUGGUUUUUGUUAGCGACAGAGCUCACGGCGUGUCCAGCCAAGCAAACGGACAGCUAGAGGUAAGAACUAAAAACAUAAAACCUUUUUUUAAUCACAAUAAAAAGUUGUUAACAUCCUUUGCUUUCCACUCAGAUUAUGCUCCAUCGCCGACUCUGGAACAACCUACCCUGGAACCUCGGCUACAACCUCACCCUAAAUGACAGCUCGGUUGUAAAGCCCACUCUGUGGAUGACGCUGGGCUCCAUCAGUGCUACAUCCAAGUUCUACCAGAGGGAGGCGAUAGAGCUGCAGCACAGACCUGUCAUCAUGCCCAUAGACCAGCCACGUAAGUGAGAGUGUACAGUACACCACCAUUAGGCAGUUAUUCUCUGUAGUUAUGAGUCGAGUCAGACAGAUGUAUGACUUCUAGAGUGUCAAGAGUCUGGCUGUUAAAAGAACUUUUACACUACUCCAGAUUCUGAUUUUGGGGGGAAAAAAGAUGAAGUGUUUACUCUUAUUCCUUCAGAGAGGCCCUGGCAUGAAAAGGAACCAAAAGAGGGUCUUCCUGUGCGCUCAGUAGUCCUGCCACCCAACCUCCACCUGCUCAGCUUCAGUGUCCCAGGAUGGAACUACAGCUCCAACCACAACAUUCACCUCAGCCACGUUCAAUCAGGUCAGCCCUGUCCUCCCACCUUUACUAGGUAACUGUUGCACCUGAAUUUAGAGAAGAUUAAAAACAGAAUGUUUUUUUGUGUGUUAUACACAUUCAGGCCAAGACUCACACUCUAAACCAGACUAUGACCGUGUCCUGCUGAGAAUCAUGCAUCUCUUUGAGGAGGGGGAAGACCCAGAGCUCUCGAAACCAGUGACUAUAAACCUGAAGGUGGUUUUGAAAAUAUCCAAUUCCAUUUCUUCAUAUCAAUUUGAAAUGUCAAUGUUUAUUUUUAUUAAUUUCAAUGGAAUUUAUGUCAUUUUUUCCCUACAUAUAUAUGGUCAUUUCCUGUGUUAAUAGGAAGUUCUGCAGGGCAUAGGGGAAGUAAAAGUGCUGGAGGAGCGUUCUCUAACAGGAACCUGGGAUAUUAACAGUCUGCAGAGGUGGAAGUGGAACACUACAGAUAACUUAGACACAAGUAAGGAUGACUUGCAGGAAUUUGAACAAAAAUGAUGCUAUUUGAUGCAUUGUUAUUGGAAUAUUAUUUAAAAAACUCCUCUUUUGUUUUCUCUCUCUCAGACAGCAGAUGGUGUUUGAGUUGUGGAGCUGCAGAUUUCACUGUCACCAUCUCAUCCAAAGAAAUCAGAACCUUUUUUGUUCACUUUGUCUCCAGGAACCAUUAGGCCCUAAUGACUUUUUGUCUUCUGUGAAGAUCGCCAAUCUUAAGACACAAACUGCCAAUGCUUUUAAAGAGUUUACCCUUUGCUACACUGCUAAUCAAUGCUAUAUUUGCACAUGUUGUUAAUAAAGGAGUACUGAUGUGUUGAUUGAUUGUGA